AUGAAGCUCCUCUAUCCCACGUCCCUCGAGCUCGACAUGGACAGCCUCCGCGGCUUUGCCGUCGAGCUGUGCCCCUACAAUGUGGCCGUCCCCUUUGCCGACGAGCACCUCGACGCCGACAUCAUGGUCACCUGGAUCAACACGCGGGCCAACCUCGCCGACGCCGCUGCCCGGCUGACCCACCUCAAAUGGGUGCAGGCACUUGCGGCCGGGCCCAACGACGUGCUCGACGCCGGCUUCGACACCCGCCGCGUGACCAUCACCGUCGGCGCGGGCAUCCACGACGCCGCCGUCGCCGAGCACACCAUCGGCCUGCUGCUGGACGGCGCGCGGCGGUUCUACGAGGCGCGGGACUGCCAGCUGCAAAAGACGUGGCCCGCACGCCUGGGCGGGCCCUACCCGCGGGCGGGCGAGUUCCGGACGCUGCGGGGCGCGCGGGUGCUUGUCUGGGGCUUUGGCGGCAUUGCGGCCAAGCUGACGCCGCUCCUGCGCGCGUUUGGCGCCGAGGUGCGCGGCGUGGCGCGGCGACCCGGCGUGCGGGCGGGCGUCGAGGUUCUGUGCGACGACCAGCUGCCGCGGCUGCUGCCCGACACCGAUGCGCUGGUGAUGAUUCUGCCCGGAUCAGAGGCGACGCGCGAUGCACUCGACGCCGCGCGACUGGCACUGCUGCCCUCGCAUGCUUGGGUGGUCAACGUCGGCCGCGGCAUCUCGGUGGACGAGGACGCGCUGGCAGACGCGCUGGACGCUGGAACGCUGGGUGGUGCGGCGCUGGAUGUAUUCAAACAAGAACCUCUGCCGGCAGACAGCCGAUUGUGGGCGACGCCCAACCUGUUGAUCUCGCCACAUGCUGCCGGUGGACGGCCCGACGGCUGCACGGAUUUGAUUGCAGAAAACCUGCGCAGUUUCCUAGCAGGGCGGCCCAUGAAGGGUGUCUUUCAGGGGGGGAGCCGCCAGCUUGGCCUCCUCGGCGGCCAGCGGGCCCACGACGCCCUGAAUCCACUCCUGCUCCGUGCUGUCGCUGAACGGCGGGUACGGCCGGCGGCAGUGGCAGCUGGCCAGCGGGUAGCCGCGAAUCGUGGCCACCACCCACUUGGUGCCGUUGAUGCCGCCCUUGCCGAACCCCCACUCCAUCGCCGCCAACCGGAGCUGCAUGGCCUCCGCGGCCGCUACAUCGCCCCGUUGGUACGCGUCGAAGAUGGCGACGCACACCCGCGGGUACAGGUUGGCCACGCCCGUGAUGGCGCCCGUGCUGCCGACCGCCAGCGCCGGCAGCAGCCAGUCGCUCUGGCCCGCAAGCGCGCAGAACGCCUCGGGCGCAAACUCUGCGCGCACGCGCGCCACCUUGGCAAUGCCGCCGCACGUCAGCUUGACGCCGACAAUGUUGGGGUGCCGGCCGAGGCGGGCGAGCAUGUCCGAGUCGACGUCGAGCCCGGCCACGACGCCGGGGAAGUUGUAGAUGAGCACGGGCAGCGGCGCGGCCGAGGCCAGCGCCUCGAAAAAGGCCACAAUCGCCGCCGCGGUCAUGGCAAAGUGAAAGUAGCUCGGCACCAGCACCAGCGCAAAGUCGGCGCCCGCCGCCGCCGCCGCCUUGGUCUCGGCAAGCACCUGGUGCGUGCUCUGCCCCCCGCAGCCGACCGCAAUCACCAGGUCCGACUGGGCCGCCGUGGCGGCCGCGCGCGCCUCCUGGACAAGCUGCGUCUUUUCGUCCGGCGACAGCGUCACCGCCUCGCCGUUGGUGCCGGCAAUCACGAUGCCGUGCAGACCCGACGUGGCCAGGAACUGGAAGUGCGUGCGCUGCACGUCCCAAUCAAUCUCCUGCGCGGCCGUAUCUCGAAACCACGUCAGGCUGGGCACGUGGAUUCCCGGCGGGAAGGGUCUACUGGCAGUGAUGGAGCACAUUAUUCGUUGUGGGAAGAGAUGUGA